AUGACGUUGGGAAAGCAGAGUUGGAACUUCCUUAUACGUCCGUUCAACUACAAUUUUUUUUACACUUAAAUAACGUCCCCUCUUGUUGUUAAAAGUAUAGGAUAUACCUCACGGAUUUACAGUUUGAGAUUGCUGCUGUCCGUGAAUUAUAAUCAACAAUCAAAAUGAUGACCAAUUACGUUGGGCAGCUUUUCCUCAUGUCUCUCUACUUUACAGUGCUUGACACAAUCCCUGUUCCUGUCAACUUUACAAUAUUGUCUCACAACUUCAAGCACAUUUUACAGUGGAGUCCUGGAAUAAAUUCUCCUCCACAGACAGUUUUCAAUUUAAAUCAAAGCUGUGGUAAUAGAAAACCUGAACGUCUGGAACUGAACAUUAGAAAUACAUCAGUAGAUGUCUCUGAAACAUUCAAAGACAUCUAUACAUCCUGCACAUUCUUUCUUUGGGCAUCGAUUGACAACAUGACAUCAUCAAUAGUUAAUAAAAGUAUUACACCAUACGAAGACACUAUCAUAGGUCCACCCAUUAUAUUCAUGUCUGGCUGUGGAGAUUGUCUGAAUAUCAGCAUCUUUCUACCCAGUGAAUCAAUGAAGAUAGAUCAUCUGCAUCCUUUUUAUAAUUCUGUGUCCUUCGAUAUAAGUUGGAAGAAAUUUGGACAGAAAGAGGCCAACCAGAUCUCUGUAUCAGGUAAACAGUAUGUCCUGCAGAAUCUUCAGCCUGGUGAACAGUACUGUGUUAGAGUACUUCCCCAAAUCAUUUCUAACCUCAACACUCACCCUUCUGCUUGGCAGUGUGGAUACACCAGUAAAGAGGAGCCAAGAGGAAUGUUCUAUUUAAUGAGUUGGUCACUAGGAGCAGCAGUGUCAGGGUUAGGUGUGCUGUUGCUGGCUUUGAGUCUGGUUUACACUGGGUCUAUAUGUAAGCCCCCUCUUCCUAAAUCACUGAUUAACACCACUGAAGCCUACCAUCUAAAUCCUGAACAGACAUUAUUUGAGAUUGUGUGGACUGAUUCACAGUUAAUUUGGGCAUCUAAGAGUCAUCCCACCAAAAACAACAACCAAAUUAAGGUACAGGAAGACGUAGAAAACAAGCAACAUGAAGAUGAGGAGAACUAUCUCAAUGAGGCAGAUACAGAGGAUGAGGAAGAAGAUGAAGGCAACUGCAACAACAUGGAUUGUGUAAUUGACAACAGUGGUCGGGAAACUAAUAACAGUGAAGAGAAGGCUAUAGUUUCUUUUUUGACUCUCCAUAACAGUUCAGGGAUCUGCCACACAAAAGUAUCAUCCAUGGAACAAAUCCAUCAUGAUAGAUUUGAGUUUAAAAAGGAAUUCAUAUUAGACAUGUCUGAAGAUAGAAACAGCCAUCUUGAAGAAAACAAUUCUGAGUUAGAAUCGGAGGGGAAUCAAGAUGGUUCAGGGCAUGUCUCUGGGAACAUCAACUUGUUUUCAGUCACUUUGAGUGCUCUGGGAUCAGAGGAUGAUUUGGAUGAGGAAGAGGCAUGUAAACCAUUACUACCUAAAUCAGUGGUAAGUGAAGUUCAAGAAUUAUCGACUUCUCACAUCUCUCUACUGGAGAAACAGAAAAGAAGCCAACAGCUUUGUGCAUCCAUACAGAGAGAAAUUAAAACAGACAAUCAAAUGCAAAUGGAAUGCAAAGAUUCAUCAGAAGAACAUACAGAAAGGUCUGUAUGUUCUGAUUUGGACAUGGGGAGUGAGUAUGAAACAACAUCAGGAUAUAUGAUAACCCAUACAGGAAACAUGCAUGAACAGAACAGUUCCUUCUCAGAGGGAACAGACUGUGAUACAGACUAUAUAACAUGGUAAAGACAUGUCAGAACAUAUUCACAAUAUGAAUGUUUAUAAAAUGUUUGUGAUAAAAAUUGUAAAAUGUAAAUAUAUAUGUGAAAAAAUUUGGGAACAUUACAACUUUUUAAUGAAGUCUCUUCUGCUUGCCAAUGUUGCA